AUGUACCUGAUCGCCUCUGCUGCGCUUAAGCUUACCGUGCAGAGGAAAGCAGAUCGAUAUGCUGCAGGCACAUCCUGUCAAGAAGCGCGCGAAUUCGAUUGCCAGACGCAUCUUGGGCAAGGUGAUGGUCGUCCUCCAGUUCUUACACAGUACACACUCUGGACCCUGGUUGACCGAAAUGGGUUUACUUUGCCUGGCAAGCGCGGAAUGAUACGGGUACCUCUAAAGCCCCUUCCGCGCGCUUGCCAAAGUCUACUGGGCCAAAUCGUAAGUGUUUCAGACUGGAGGGCGUGUCGUGCUCUCCCUGCCAUCGCGCAACCGUGCUUUGCAGGAGCCAAACGCAAAUGUAUGAGCAAAAUUCCACGUCGCCUGCCACCUGGGCUGGCGACAAGUUUGUCGCGCAGCUAUCCAAUCAGCCGUGGACUCAAUCAAACAGCCAGGUCGAACGCCAAUCGACCGAUGGCUCCGCGACCUAGUUGCCCAAUUGCCCCAGCGCAUGUGUCAUGUCGUGCUGUCAAGUACUUGGCCCUUGAGCGACGAUUCUCAACUGCACGACACGAGACCAGUGGUUUGAAUCGAACCUGGUGCUCCAAACGCGUCGAUCACUCCACAGAAAGGCGCAAUAUAGUUUGCAAGGCUGGUGCAGGCGGUGGGCGGCGUUUGGCCGCACUCGCUCUCGGUUGCGCCGACAUGCAUGCUUUGGCAAGUCGAGACAGGGCCAUGCAGCCUUGGGCAAGUCAGCGGCGCAAAGCCACUUUGCAACCCGUGGGCGCACAGACGUCGAUCUGGUGUCGACGGGCCGUGACGCUAGAGCCGUUGAACAUCUGCUGGGUAGCGUUGUAUUUCAACCUUUCCUCCACAACGUCCGCCAUGGAGACAUCAGACGGCGCAUAUGAUCAGCUUGCCGUACACAGACGUGUGGACGGGGGCAAUGGGCGGAAUGUGGAGUCCAUCAGGUGCGCCAUUCGGCUGGACCUCAAUGGUGCUGGCGAUAUCAGCGGCCCCAUGGCCGGAAAUUCAUCACAAGCUGAUGUUGUGACGCUGGCUUGGCGGCUCUCUCUUGUCGACACAAGCCAUUUGCAGCUAUGCCAACCCAACCUCGGAACGUUUUCGGAGAUUGGCUCGUCGAGUGAUCGCAUGUUGAUUCUUCUCGCUCUCCGAAACAAGGCGCAACUCCACGGCGAGCAGGUGUUGCUGGCUGUCUACCAGGCAGCAGAAGAAUGUUUGCUGGUUUGGCAGGCAGGUACUGGUACAGGCUUCCUGGCGGUGGACAGGCAAUUGGGCGGUGGGCAAUGGGAGCGGAAGAGUGUGAGCAGCGAGCGCUGGACUGCUGGACCGACCGCUUGA